AUGGCCGACUAUCGCUACCUUGAGGCGUGGAAGAAGCCCACCGCCUCAGCCUCGACCUCGACCUCGACCUCGACCUUGUCGCGUUCCAAUCGCUCCAGCAACUACGACCACAGCUCGUUCCAAGACGUCCUCUCCUCCACCAACAACGCCGCCUGCCCAACCGACGCCUCGACCUCGUCGUACCAGGUCCGACUCGACACGCCCGGCGGCAUCACCUACGCUCCGGACGUGCUCAGCCAGCACAACUCGGCCAAACGCCUCUUCAUCCCCGCCAAGCUCACACCGGGCGACGAGUUCGACUUUGCCGCAGAAAUCACGAGGCGCAGGGAGGCGUCGACGUCGAACGUGGCGGACGCGGAAGCCAAGGAAGAGGCAGGCGAUGCCAACAAGGGACCGACUGAUGCCCAGGCCUACGCGGCGUCGAUCGACAUGCUCGCCCAGCAAAGCGAGCCGGGCCAGGAUAAAACCAGCAAAGGAGUCAGCUUCGCAGAGGAUGCAGAGACGAUACCGCAGACCGCGAUAGAUGCCGACGACACCGCCGAGACCACCGCCGGCAACGCCGCCGACAAAGCUCCCGACACGGCCUCGAUCCGUAGCAACGACACCGCCGUCACGGCCCGGUCCAUCUCGUCGCGCAUGACGGCAAUGACGCUGGCGACCGAUCGCGACGGCACGCUGCCGCACACGGUCGCGGCCAACGCCACGGUCGCCCGCACGCGGAUGCCGGCGAGCGUCGCCGGUGACGGCACCGCCAAGACACCCUGGACCUCGACCGAAUGGUCCGGCCAUCGCGCGCUGGAUCGACCGAGCCAGCGGGAAAAGGAGGCGGGCAUCACCAACUUCGAAGACGUGGGUGGAUACGGCCGCGUCCCCAGCGCCGCCGAGGCCGACCUCGACGCUGCCUCGUCGACGAUGCACGACGGCUCGAGCGUGCACACGGCUCGAACGGCCCAGACGGUCGGAGGCGUCUACAACCUUCGGCCCUCGGACCUCUUUGUGGCGGAUCCGCGGCCGUGGCGUCCGCUGCGGUACGUCCGCAAAGUCGACCCGCGCCAGGUGCUGCUCAUGUGCGCCGGCACCACCUUGACGGCCGGGCAGGUGGCCGCCCACCGCAUCGGGUCGGGGCAGCACGCCUUCGACGGCUGCGACGCCGCUUCCAUCAAGUCGUACAUGACCAGCGCGACGUCGAGGACGAGCGGUGCGGGGACGCCCGUCUUCCCGUCGACGACACCGACGGCCUUGACGCAGCAGGCAGCGUGGAGGUCGAUGCUCAAUUCCGGCAAAAUGCCCGACUACGAGACGCUCGCAUCUCAGUUCGCCAAGUCCAACGCCACCUCUACCUCUGCCGCCGCCGCCUCGGCCUCGGCCACGACUGAUCCGUCUGUGGAAGAGGUGCGGGGCGGACUCGGCUUCGUCUUCUGUCCGCCCGUCGAUCCAUCCUCUUUGCCGUCGUCGUCGUCGUCGCCGUCGCCGAGCAGCAGCCGGGUGGAGGCCAACUUUUCGCGGCGCCUCGAGCGGCCGCCCGAGCUGAGCGCGACGACCAAGAAGCGGGCGGGCCUGCGCAGCGUGCUGGCGGCGCUCGAGUACCAGCAGUGGGAGGACGAGGGGUUCGACAAGAUUGUCGUCGCCACGCACCACCGCUGGCUCGUCGACGGCAUCUCGCGCGACAUCUGGGAGUGGCGCCACAACCACUGGCGCCUCACGCGCGACGGCCCGCUCGGCACGCCCGGCGAGUCGGUGCCGGACCGCGACCUGUGGGAGCUCCUCGAUGGGGCGGUGCAGAAGUACGAGCAGAUCGACUGCACCGUCCGCUUCUGGUACGUCCCCAGGACCGAGAAUAUGCCCGCCUUCCACCUCGCCGAGCAGGGCGCCGUCAAGGACAACCAGCAGCCCGGGUUGGUGAGAUGGACCAAGCCCAAAAAGCAAAAGGCGCAGGCAGGGGCGCAGGUGUGA